UUACACUUGUUCCAUCCCGUUCUUGAGUGUUUAUUUCCCGUUCAGCAUCGAGUAUUAUAUUGUUCCCCUACCCGCGUCAGUAGUUCAGUCAACAGUUUGGACACGGGAAGAACAAGCUAGAGAGCUCAAUGAUUUGCACAUCAGCUCUAUAAAUCGGAUGCCGCUGCAGCACCGUCCCUCCUCAAUCCUCCUCAUCACUGCAAACCAACCAACUAACCAACCUCCUCAAGGAAUUGCUCGCUCGAUCAAGAGCUCGGUCGAGAUCCUCCGAGAAUUGUGAUCGAGCUUUUAGCUGUGACGGCCGAGCAACGAGCAAUGGAGGGGAAGAAGAAGAGCAGCUUCGCAGCGGAGGAAGCCAUGGCGGCGGCCUCUCCGGCAGCCAUCAUCAUCGCCUUCCUCGCGCGGCCCCUCUCGCUGCUGCGCCACGUCGCCCACGGCCUCGCCUCACGCCUGAAGCCUGCUGCCUCUGCCUCUGCUUCUGCUUCUGCUUGUCGGCCUCAGCAAGAAGCAGCUGCAGCUGUUGUGACUGAAGAGGUGGUGGUGGUUGAGAUGCGGUCGAGAGGGAUGAUGGCUCCCCAGCGGCCUCGUGGCCUCAGGGAAGGCAAGGGCGGGAAUGGCGGGGCGCACCACUAGUUCAGUUCGGCUUCGGCCUUCGGUCUCGUUUCUGAGAAAACGAAGGAAUCUCGAUCGCCUCUCCACAUCGAUGGUUUAGAAUUCAGAUCAGCUUCUGUAGGAGUAUACGGUAUAGGCUCCUGCUGCAUUGUAAGGAACAGUGGGGAAGGAGAUGAAUUAAGCAAUCUAAGAAUCUUAGCAUAUGGCUUUCACUACUUUUACAUUAAA